UAUCCUGGUUCCGUAUGACGCGUGACGCACCUUCAUUCUGUUCUGACCCUGUGUUCCCUGUCUGUGAGAUUUGACUGCACCAACCUCAGUAUACAAUGGCCGAGAUUUAUACGACGGAACAAGACGAGGAUGCUUCCAUCAACGUCAGACACUGGAUUCUUGCGGCCUUUAUUGCUGUCAUCAUGUUUGUUAUUUUAUUCGGAGGAAUACUUCUUAUCAACUACUUCGCACCCGGUAUCUUCAGAAGCAUCCUUCCAAAAGUUCACUUCAAGCCUUCCAUUGGCCCAUUUCGUCAAGCCACUAGACGUGCCUCAGCGGUCACUGUACCUCCAGUCUCGGUGCCAUCCAUCUUGCGAAACGCUUGCUCUUCCCAGUCUUGCAGUUCCCUCGCAGACCUUAUGAACUCGACUAUCAGCACGAAGUCGGACUCCUGUAUGAACUUCUACAAAUAUGUCUGCGGUGCUCUAACCAUCGACUCCUGUAGCCUCCGUCAAAGACUCGAAGAAGAGCUCGCUGUUCGCGAGAUCAUGACGCUCAUGUCCAAACGCGCCCCAAAGACUCCGACUACCGAAGCCAUAGCCUUCUACGAGGCCUGCGUUGGUGGAAAAUCAGAGAAAGACAUCCAGGCCCUGCGAUAUUUCGAAGCGAAGUACGGCCUCAUUGUGGCCAACAACACGUACUUCAACCCGCUAGAUAUAAUGCUGAAGUUGGCGAGCACCAUGCAAAACGGCAUCCUCAUUUAUAUCGAUGUUAAUGUAGUAACUGAGCCACGGCAGCACACAAAGAACGUUGGAGUCCGGCUUGGUAUCAGCCCAAUCUUAGUGCGUUGGAUAAGGCAGAAGGAGAAGUACGAAAACGAGACUGUCGCUUAUCGAAACUUAAUUUCCGAUGUUCUGAGUCUGAUUUGGACGAGGGAGUACGGCGACGAUGAAGACUUCCUGCUCGCCCGUAAAAAGGUCGAGUCUACGGAAGCUGCCGUACAUCGGGCACUAGCAGCAGCAUUGAAGACCGACGUUGAAUUCGAGGACACAACUAUUAUUAUCGAAGACCUUUGGAAGUAUUCUCAAUACCUUACAGGAGACAGACUUGUACGGCAUCUAAACAUGCGAUGGAAUCAAACAAGUUUGCUUUCGUACACGUUAAAGGACAAAAUAACCAUUACUGGACAAGGCGUCCUGACCUUCCUGGACAGCAUCCUGAACACCAUCGACGUCGGCGCAUUGACGCUCUAUCUCACCUGGGAAACCACGAGGCAAAUGGCUCCUUUCGUAUCGACGAACAUCUUUGUGCAGCAGCAACGUCACAGGUGUUACCUUUCGAUGCAGCGUUUCUUUGGAGACAACGCCGGAUUAGCCCCCGUCGUGCUAAGAACGCUGACGUCCAGCGCCAAACAAACGGCUACGGAAAUAUUCUUGCAAGUCCGGAACGUCUCGGCGAGCGUCAUCGAGCGUUCACCUGCACCGGACGAUGCGGGGAGAAAGCGGCUGGCACAGACAGCACACUGGCUGAGGAAUAUGACUAUAAGCGUAGUAGUAUCGGAGUCGGACAAUAAGCUGAUGGAAAAGAGUGGUCCUUCGUCGGGGCUAAGCGGGAGCAGCUUUCUGGAGAACUAUCUGAAUGUUGCAGCGACUGCGUGGCAGAGGAAAAAGAAACUCGCUGCUGCUGAACUUCUACAAUGGGACUGGGAUGCAGUUCCGAAUUACGACUCAUCCACAAACGUCCUAAGAGUACCAGCGACGGAGCUCUUUCCUCCGUUCUUUUCCCCUGAGGGUCACCCAGCUACUAACAUAGCAACCCUGGGCAUAUCCAUGUCUCAAGAAAUCUGGCGUGCGCUCCACGACACAGAGAUUGGUCGCCUGAAAGCGAAGGACGUGCAUUCCCUUGCCGAGUUCCAUUCGCGAAAGACUCGAUGCAUACGGCGCCGCGGAGGUUCGCUGGAGACGCACGACGUCUUUCAAGCCGUCGCAAUGGGUAGCGUCGUCGAGGCGUUUGGAAGUCUACGUCGAAAACAAAAGGGGGAAACUCAGGAAGAGUGGAAACGAUCCCUGCAGCUUCUUUUCAUUGCCUCGUGUCUUCCCGAUUGCGUUGGCAGUGGAAGCAGGACGACCUUUGGACGGGAUCAAGAAAGAAAAGCUGCAUCUCUCUGCAACGUCGCCACGAUGAACGUCCCAACCUUUGCUAAGGCGUUUGAGUGUUCGGACGCUGUUCAUCCAAACACUACGUCCCCCUUCUGCGAUUUUUAGGCAGCUCUAUAUUUGAUCCUUCAGGCACGCUGAAGGUGUAAUAUGAUUUCGAUAAUACGUAAUUAAAAUCCGCAUGUAACUGCGGCAAUAACA